CGAACCCACGUCUAGGGUUUAAAGGCAGACAUGACCUCAACGCGACACUGAACAGUUUCCAUUCCCUCACACAACAUCGGAUUAUUCUUUUUUUCUUCUCAAGCAGGACACUCAAGUUUCAUCUCUCUUCUCUCUACCACUGUUGUUUUUAGUCAGAGAAUAACGAGUUCUUUGUUCGAUAGGAUUACAAAACCAUGAACUAGUUACUAGAUCUUGAGGUUUAGAUCUAGAUCUAAAGUUGAAGUGUUCACUAUCCACAAUACAAGGCAACAAAUUUUGUUUUGUGAAAUUCUAAAGAAUUGAAACUCAAAAGACGCUAUAAAGAAGUUAUUGACAUAUCUAUAUAGAUAUUAUUCAAGAGACUAGACCUCAUAAAACGUUAACAGAAUGGAUAUGAACUCAAUAUUUAGCAGCAAAUAUUUCCUGGAAGGUCAGACUGCUUCAUUUGAUUUGGAGUCGCCUAAUACAAGGUCACAACCUUUUGGUACAAGUCGUUUGCACCUUGACUUGUACAAGGGAGACAAAGCAGAAUAUGACGAAGUAGAUUUGAUAUCUGAGUGCUCUUACCCUGGCGCCUAUGUGCCAGGUAAAUUUCUGCAGAUAUGCGACAUGACUCCAGAUGCCAGCAAAGACACGUUGAUAUGGCCAGUCUCUUUAAGUGGGACAGUGCGAAGUGAAUUAGAACCCAAACAGAUUAUUACUGGACAGUCCAGUCAAGUCAGUGAAGAUGUCUAUUCUCAAAGACAGGUUUCUCGCAGGCAUCAACGAUUUUCACUUCAGAAUCCAAAAUAUUUUGUUCCUCUUGUCGUCUGCAUUAUUGUUGCACUAUUUGCCCUUGGCGGAUUAGCAGCAGUUAUUUAAUUGUACUGAAACAUUUCUGAAAAGACUCCAGUCUGGUAGUUCACAAGUAUAAAUACAUUAUCUAUUCCAAGUACCAAGUGAAUUUAUGUGGAAUUCUCUUUGACUAAUUGUUUUUCUAGUCAGAAACUCAGGAUGUCUGAAAAGUUUUGGAAUCAUUUCCUCUUCGUCAUUGCUCCAAUGUACAUCAUGCGUUAUCAAGGUGCAGCCACAAAUAGUCACAUUGUAACUGUUAGUUUAUAUAGCCCUUUGUUCAAAUCUUUAUAAAUUUUGAGAUACAAAAUAGCAGCAAUAUGAAUGUGGAGUCGAAAGCAAGAAGUGAAACAUAAAUAAAUUAGUUUCUCAAAGUUAAAGAAAAUUAAUUGAAAUAUCUGUUAUGCAAUAAUAAUAAAAAAAUUGAAUAGAAAAUGAAUGUGUUGUGUCGUUUAGAGUCUUAGAUAUUCUUACAAGGUUAAUGAAAUAAGUCAACAUUACGUUCCAUUAAUAUACCAUUCAAAUUAUAUAUUUUGAUAGACCAGUAAGUGAAGAAUUGCUGUGUUAGUCUUAAAACCAAAGAACUCUUCUCUGGACAACACUGUUGCUCCACUUUUGUAUCCUAUUUAGUUACACUUAAACCAUUUUGAUUUGUAACAAUUUUGUUUCAUAAAAAAACUUUUUAGAAUGGAAAUAAUGGCUAAAAUAUUGUCCUUUUUUAUAGUUUUUUUUUUAAUGUAAAGAUGAUUGCAUGGUCAGUAAAAGUCACUAAUUCGUUAUAUUUUUCACUUUAUGAAUUUUAAAUUAAUGGUGCUGGUUGUGAGUCUGUCUUUUAAAUUUUAACCAAUAAUUGCGGUAGUAUGCAUUGUUUAUGGUGUUUGUCUAAUGGGGUAGGAUGCUAAAAGCAGUUUUUGAAACUAUUAGAACAGCUUCUCUUGUCUUGUUCAGAAUGAGAUCAAGUGCAUGGUAAUUCUUUUUUUUUAGUAAAAUCCAGAAAUAUAAAGUUAGUUUUUUUUUAAUAUUUUAAAUGAAAGUGCCCAUUACGCAGUGUAUUUGACCUACCUGUGAAAUUGAGUAAUUUUUAAAUCCUGUUUUAAAAGUAUAUAUUUUUGAAACUACACAUAUUUUUCUAUAUUUUAAAGUUGUUUAUUGAUUAUUGUUUUAAAUAUUUUUUUUACAUUUUUUUAUUCUUAGUUUUUUUUCUCUUUUUUAGUCAAUAAAUGAUAUUUUUCAAACCAGAGAAAUGCGCAAUUGGGUUAAAUUAAUGUUUUAAUAAUUUAUAGGAAUUCAUUAUUUUAAAUGCUAUAAUUAAUUAUUCACAUUAUGGCAUAUAAAUUAAAUAGAUAAUUUUGUCCUCUGUUGCUGCCAUAUGUGAACAGCCACUAUCUAGUCAAUUAAGUGCUUUGUCUUAGAAGUUUGAUUUAUGUGAGAUUGGUAUACUUCCUUAAAUGAAAGAGUUCUAGUAAAGUAAAUAGUUUUUAUUCUGUGUAUUUGAUGGAAAAAAGUGAAAAAAAAUGACAAUUUGUGUAUGAAAGUGUUUUAACUACUUAAUUGUUUUUUAACUCUUGUUGUAAAUGUAUUUAUGUCUUGUAAAUUAUUGUGCAUUACAUCUCUUUGCUUGUCUCCCCUGACACUAAACUGUUUCUAGCACUGACCAGAUGGCUAUCAUGCACUAGCUGUCCUGAUCUGGUUCAAAUUUGGGAGCCUAAAAUAGGGCAGCCCCAACUUUAAAACCAAUGUUUGACAAUGACAUGUUCCAACAAAUUCGGUCCACUUUCCUUGAGCUUUCAUUAGUUUAGUUCAACAUUAACACUGCCCCCCCCCCCUCCCAACCUUGCAGUUGAAUGCAAGCUAUUUUAUUUUUAACUCCGCUUUUAUUGUCUUGUCUUUGUUGGCAUGCCCAAAGAAUAUAAUGUUUUGUUUACUUUAAUCUAAAUUUGAUCAUUUUAUAGAUGUAUUGUGUUAUAACAACAAACUGAACCUUCUGCCCUGGUGCACAUAGAAUUUUUUUAAAUGAUUUUUUUGGUCGCUUUCUCCACUACUUUGACUUAUUGAACCUCUGUAUUGCAUUGUAUAUAUAUAUAUAUAUAUUAUAUGUUUAUAUAUGUUAAAGUAUGUUUACUUGUGUAUGUUUGUUUAUAUAUGUUUAAAUAUGUUUACUUGUGUAUGUUUGUUUAUAUAUGUUUAAAUAUGUUUACUUGUGUAUGUUUGUUUAUAUAUGUUUAAAUAUGUUUACUUGUGUAUAUUUGUGGAUCUUUCAAUUAAGGUUUUAUGCUUUAUUUACUUGAUUCAUUGAUAUUAUGUAAACCUUUUAAGUAAUUUAUCUCUACACAAACUAAUAGUUAAUGGCCAGUGUUGUAUAUAGGCUGUAUGUUCAAAAUGUUCUAUGUGAACAGGUAUAGCUACCUUUUUCUGCACCCUGAAUUUAUUAUUAGAUACAAGUUAUUUUGAAAAUGUUAAGCUAUUCUGUUUGGGGGGGGGGGGGGUAGAAAUGUGAGGUUUUCUAAUCUGCCUUGGGCCAGAUCCAGCAGUCAAUUAUGUCCGACGCAGUAGUGAUUUAAAUCUUAACUUGUUUUUUAGGGGGGGGGGGGGGGAAUAUCCAGUUCUUUUACAUCAUUAAAACUAAAAAUGAAUUAUUCCCCUUGAUUUCUGAACUCGUACAUGGAUUCUUAUGAUAAAUAUAAUAGUUUACUAAGACACAACGUAGAAACUUGUUUUGACUUUUCUAAAGGUAGUUGAAUGAAAUCCUCAUUUUUUUUUUGUUCUAAAUAGUUUACCAUUGUUUGUUAUAGAUGUACUCUUAUCAGGGCAACUAUCUGGUUUCAUUAAAUCAAAUAUGUAUGGUUUAACUGGCAUUGUCCAUGCAUGGCACGGGAUCUUUUUUUUUUUUUUUAAAUAAUGUAAAUAUGUAAAUAUUAAAUGUGUUGGUAUGCCAGAAGGUUUGAAAAAUGUCUUCCAAAUAUUUAGUAAGCCAAAUUGGCAAAAUAUAUGAAUGAAUAAAUGUUUGUAUUACAAUGGAGUUAGAUUGUGUAAUGGAAGCGCGUUUGGAAAUAUUUAAAAUGGCAUGAAAAUAAACUGUCAUCAAAAGAACAACAAA